CUCAAUUGGUUGAAUAAUUCUAUUUUAUAAUAAUAUUUUAAUUUAUCAGCAUUUUAACCAUUAUUCUAUUUUUAAUAGACUGAUUUUUAGCUCUUUCUUUUUUAAGACUAUAAUUUUAAAUUAUAUUUUAUUUUCUUAAACGUUAUAAACUUAAUUUUAUCACAUAUGUAUUAAAAUAAAUAUUUUAGUUUUUUUUAAUUUAUUAUCUUUGAUAUAUCACAAUGUCGGAAUUUGAAUUUACUGAAUCUAGUGGAAAUGAAAACAGCAGUGACGAUGAUGAUUUUCCUAUAAUUGCAGUUAAAAGAAAAAUAGAUAAUACUGUUAAAGUUGUUAAGGAACUACGGUUAUUUUAUUCAAAUUUAUUUAUAGAUUGCUUUAACUUAAUUGACAACUUUGUAAAAGGUCAAAAUUUAACAUUUAUGGCAUUUUUAGAAGUUUUUGAAUCUUUUAAUUUUCAUUAUAUUUAUGCAAAGCCUAAAAAAGAGAUUAAAAAUCUUUAUGUAUCUCCGCAUCAUUAUAUCAUGAUGGCCCAAGAUGCCAUGUCGGCAGCUGCAAAAUUUUUACGAUCAAAAUCUAAAAAAGCACGAAUUGGAGCUUUUUAUUUAUUAUAUACAUUAUAUAAAACACAACCCUUAAAACCAUAUUUGUUAAAUAUUAAAAUGGACCCAUAUGAUUUUAAUGAAACAAAAAAACUAGUCAAUGAGUACAUGGAUUUAGGAGAAUUACAUCCAGCUUAUUGCUUUUAUGAACUUGAACUGAAAAGAAAAAUAACAAUUACUGCUGACACUACUAGUCCAUGUUUAGAAGCUAAUUAUCCAAGGAAAAUUGUUCGUAAAUUAAUGGGACGAAUAGCUAACAAUUAUUUAAAAAUACAUUAUGAAGAUCGAGUACCAUUGAAUAAUAUUAAUAAACUACAACUAAUGGAAUGCCAAAUGAAAGAUGAAUCACUUUAUGUAAAGAAAUUAGAAAAUAUGACUUUAGGUACAAAAAGAAUAUAUGAAUACCAACCUGAACUUACAUCAACUCUUGAAGCAAUCAAUGAUACUAAAAAAAGUACUCCAGCUUUGAAAGAAGAUGACAUAGACUUACAUUCUAAAAUGAGACGGUACAAAAAUAAAAAGAAUGUUGCAUUUCCAGGAAAAAAUGAAGAUGUACUUGAAGAUAUGGUAAUUGUAACUGAACCAAAACCUCUUUUACAAGCAAAUUGUAAUACUAAGAAAAAAUCAAAGUUGUUAAAAAAAAGAGGAAAAAUCACAAACCAAGAUAAAAGUAGAAAUAAUCUCUUGAAACCUAAAAUUGAACCUAAUUCACUUUUAAUUAAUGCAAACAAUUUUAGUUCAGACUCUGAAGUAUCUCAAAGUAGCAUUAAUAGUGAAGAUCCGAUGCAUGAUUCAGAUCUGUAUGGUGAUAUAAUUAGACGAGUUCUUGAAGAAAGUGAUGAGGACACUGAUCAAAAAAAUAUUGUUAAUGUUUCAUAGUUUUCAUUUUCUUAUUAGUCUUAUUGUAACAAUAAUUAUUGAAUUGGCAUAUCAAAUCUUUGAACUGAA